GUUGAAACGUUCCCAGAGGCGUCCAGGGGAGUGAGUGUGUUGAUCACAGCAGCUAAGCUUUUGUUUUUUCUGAUCUCACUGAGGAGCUCUCCCAGUCUUGACGCCCUUCACUGUUUUGCCGAAAUGAGGUUGUUCUUCGGCGCCAAGAAGGAGGAGAACAAGGCUCCGGCGGUGCGUUUGGACAGCACACACGCGAUGCAUAGAUCAGCACAGCACAGCACAGAUGCCCGGCGUUGCCGCUUUCUCCUGUGUGUUGUCUUGCGUGCCGCAGGUUGAUCUGCCGACGGCCAUCAAGUCCAACAAGGAGGCCAUCGCGACUCUCGAGAAGCGGCAGCAGCAUCUGGAGAAGCGCAUCCAGGCGCAGGAGGAUGAGGCGCGCGCCAAGACCAGGGCCAAGGACAAGCGGGGGGCGCUGCUGGCUCUCAAGCGCAAGAAGCUGUUCAACCAGGAGCUGGACCAGCUCAACAACGCCCGGCUGACGCUGGAGCAGCAGAUCAUGACACUCGAGAGCGCACAGACACAGACGGUGGCUGUCGAGGCCCUGCAGACAGGCGUCAACGCGCAGAAGAUCAUGAACCAGCGACUGUAAGCAAAGCAACCAAGAGGGCAGGGAGGGGAGGGGAGGGCACACACACAUGGGUCGGGUGGCUGUGUCCAGUCCAUGGUUGUUGAUUUGGUGUGUUGGUUUGGUUUGGUUUGGCAUGUCCUCCUCAGUAACAUUGACAAGAUCGACAAUUUGAUGGAGGACAUGCAGGAGCAGCAGGACCUGCAGAAUGAGGUCGCACAGGUCCUCUCCAGCGGACAACCCAUCAUGGACGACGUGCGCAAUACAUGCACACACACACACGCACGCCACAGCCACUGACAAGACACACACACUUGGGAACGCAACGCGGGAGUAUCUGCGUUAAUGUGUGGUUCAGGAUGAGCUGCUGAACGAGCUGCAGGAGCUCGAGGCAGAGGGUACACACACAGACACGGGAAAACACGGGACAACACAGCCGGAUACUUGCUCACGUAUCUCUCUCGUGUGUGUGUGUGGAUCAGAGCUGGACAACAAGCUGUUGAGUGCAGGCACCGUCCCGACGGGUGCGGCAGCGACACACACAUACGGACGGACCAACAACCCACCGAGAUUCGUGUACACGCCUAACUCUAUCUGUGUGCGCGUAUGUGUUUGUCAGGUCUGCCGGCGGUGCCUGCCGGAGCCGAGGCCGCCGGUACGUGUGUUGUGUUGAUCCCCACGCAUGGCACGGAGGAAGAUUUCGUUCAUCUGUGUGUGUGUGUGUAUUGCGAUGUUCAGGCGUUUCAGCAGAGGCGGCUCCCUCCGCCCCAGCGCCCGUCAAGACACAACAACAGGCCGCAAAGGUAGGAGAACAGGCCUGCAGCAUGACAUGAGCUGACCAGACAAGUGCAGUGCGUGUGGGGUGGAUUGAUGACAUGGGUGUGUGUCACAAUGUGUGUCAGCCUCUGAGCGACGAGGACCAGUUGGCUGCCCUGCAGGCGGAGCUCGCAUGAUGGAUACGCACACACAUUCUGUACCUGCAUCGCGAAGGUACCGAAUGACAGACAGACAGACAGACAGACACAAACACCGAGACAGACCGGGGGGCUACGCUACGUGAGUGCAAAUACAGACGUCAGGCGUGCCCUUGUCUGUCUUUGUUUGUUCAGGUUGCUUGCCAUCCGUCGAGACACACCUGUUGACGCAUUUUUUGCUGAAUGAAUUGUGCGACACGUGGCUGCCGUUCAGGUGUGUCUUGUGAUCGCUGUUUCCCCGCCGCAGUUGCAUAUGAUCCCAGCACGUGGUGUCCCAUCGUGCAAUGAUCAUGCGACUGCAGCGAGGAACCCUCGACGCAACGACACACAUCGAACAGCAGCGCACAGCCAGGCACAGUGAGAGGCAGGCGAUCGCAUUACAGUAUGUGUCAACUCGACAUCCCUGUGUGUGUCUCUCGUAAUAUCUCUCUGUCUGUCUGUAUGGCGUGGCCUGUGUGCGUGUACAUUGGUCGCUUGAUUGCUGUUGGGGUGUGAUGACAUGACGGGUGAGAGGGUGAGGGCGAGUCUUUGUUGUGGCUGGCCUGGCCUGGCCUGUCGGCUCAGACAGACAGGUAGGUAUGUGGCGACUCACUUUUGAUGCGAAACGGACCGACGGGUAGACAGACCCUCCCAGGCAUGUGUGCAUGCACUCCGUGUUUUUGGACGACGUAAUACCCACAUCAAUCCCUGAC